UGUGGCAGGGGGAUUGGAACUGGGUGGUCUUUAAGGUCUCUUCCAACCCAAACCAUUCUGUGAUUCUGUGAACAUUGAUGUUCUGCUAAUGUGUAAGAUGUGGGUGGUUGUGGAGGAGCUGUGGGUGGUGUAACAUGGAGAGAUGGUAGGAGGAGCAAUGAGGGGUAGCUAGAAAUGAGUUUCAUGUAUAAAAAGUACAACUUUGACAGACUUGGUAAUUACUGCAUUUUUUUAAUUGCUUUUAAUUAGGCUAAUUCUGUUCUUAAGAAUAUAAAUUUCUGCUUGCACAACAAUGCUGCAUACUUUAGAGAAGACAACUUGUGUACUGAUGACAAAGACAUGGUCAAAUAGUGUGUUACCCAUGCUCAUGCCAAGUCACAGAAGGGAUGUGUAUGCCUGUGAUAAGUGCAUUUCCAGUCAUUUAGGCCAGAAGAUUCUGAGCUUGUGAACGUGACAUGCAAACACCUACAAUGUGAAACCUGUAGACAAUUCGUGUUAUUGUAUAGUAAAUAGCAAGAAACAAACAAUGGACACUCAAUUAUUUUCCCCAUUAUUAGGAGCUAUUACAAGUACCCCACCUCCGCUAGAAUCUUCCCAUCUAUAUAGUAACUGGUCAACAUGUGAAGAGGAUAUUGGCUCUAAAACUUCUUUUCAGGACUGCACAAAGAAACGGGCACCAGUAAACCUAUCUUAUUCUGGCAAUGGCCCUGAUAUGUUUGGACUAGUGUCAAGCAUUUUAGAGGAGCCAAGCAAGCCAGAACCAGUUACAGACUGGAAUUCUCUUUCAAGAUUGUUUCCACCUAUGUGGGCACCUGACCUUGGAAGCAAUGGUGAAUUCUCAGGGCUCCCAUCUAAGCACUCUGUUGAAAAUCAGGAUUUUCCAGCGCUGAUGGGUACACAGAACUGCUAUCAGGGGCACUUGCAGAAGUCAUGUGAUGUGGAGAUGUUACACAGAGGUUUGGAAGAUCUUCAUCUCAUACAGUCUUGGCUUUCUCCAUCUGUCCCUUGCACUCAGCCUGAUAGUAUUCUGAAGAACAGUUACCCUGACAAUUCCUCUUUGCAAAAUAAUAAUGCAAUUCAUCAAGAAGGAUUUUCAUUUCAAAAUGUAGACUGUAAUCAGCAUUUGGGCAGUUACGACCACAUAAGGUUAAAUGGAGACUAUGACAAAAACGGUUCCAAUUUUAGCACUAUUUCUUCUCAGAAAAGAGUUAAAGAAGGCACUAGCAUUCAGAAAGAGUUUUGGAAAACUGAAAGAGCAAGAAGCAAAGCUCUGAAAAAUUGUACUCAAGAACAAGCUAAGUAUUCUUCUGAUAUUUCUAAUCAGCCUGUUGAUGACUCUUGGGAUAAAGUGUCUCAGGACAACCAGUUGUUUUCUAAAAGAUACGGAAACUUUACAGCUGCUCAUAAAUUACAGUCAUCUAUUCAUUCAUCACCAUGUUUUUUCAAUCAACCCCCUAAAGAGAAUAUUUUUUCUGGAGGAACAGACAAAACAGCACAGGAAACCCAUGUGCAAAAUAGUCGUCAUAGCUUUCCUUUGGGGGAUGAUGCUCUUAACAAUAAUGACUGUAAGAUCCAUGUUAGUCCUAAAGAAUGCUCUCAUAAGGUAUCAGAAUAUGAUUUAUCUCUAAAAAAUGUUAUGCAGAAUAGGAGUUACCCAUCAUACCAUGGACGUAUGUGGCUGGAUGGGAAAACAGGUACAUCAGAUAUCCCGCAUGGAAAGCAAGUGGUAGGAAGUCCGCAGCCGUCUUCAGGGGUUUCAGCCAUGUCUGUUGGUUAUCCUACACAACAGCCUGUAAUGCAGUCCUACUACCCACAGAUCUUACCUGUCUUCCCUUCAGGGAAAGAUGAAAGGUCACAUAUAUCAAAUAGUGUUUCUAAUAAUUUUGGAGUUUAUAAUUCCAUCUCAGAAAAUCCAAAGCAAAUGAAAGCCAUUGGACGAUUGCAGCACAAUUCAUUGCCUAAUAAGGAGGGGCAAUACCACAAAUGCCCCAUUGAUUUUCCAUCUGACCGGUUAACCCAGCAGAAUGCUGUAAGUGAAGACCCUGAAAAAUAUCACAGAUUUCAAAAAAAACAGACCCAAGAAAAUAGUAAUAAAGAUGAUAAAAGAGGCAGAAGGAAUUGGACUCCUCAUUUUGGAUAUACAACCCCAGAUCAUCAGCAAUUCAAUAUGUUCCGAAAAAAGCAUGAACAGAAUGGUGGUAACGUGUCAGAUUUCAUCAAUCCUUCUUUUUUUCAUUCUUUCCCAUUAAUGUCUGAUUUUAAACAAAAUCCUGGUUUUCCUUCACUUCAUCCUCAUCUGUUUUCAUCAGCAAAUAACUUCAGUUUCCCUCCAUCACCAUUUCCAUUCUCAGAACUUGUUGAUCUUUUUCAUUAUGAUGACUUGAGCCACUUGUAUCCCUUUAUCAAUGAUCUGUUUUGUGGAGAAAUAGCUGCACCAUACUUUGCCUUUCCAACACCAUUUAACAAGUACAGACCUCUGAGAAAUCGCAGUGGACCUGCUAAUGAGCUUCACAUCCGACUGGAGGAGUGUUACGAGCAGUGGAGGGCUUUGGAGAAAGAGAGAAAGAAGACUGAAGCUGACCUUGCAAGAAACUUCCCAGGAAAGCGCAUAUCAAGCUCAAAUACCACUCCCAUGUCCCGCCUUCCUGCUAACCCAUCACGAGUUGAUCGCUUGAUUGUCGACCAGUUAAGAGAACAAGCCAGGGUGCUCACCUUAGUAGGAAAGAUGGAAAGGCUUCGUGGUACCCCUGUACACAGUAACAUAUCCACUACAUUGAAACACCAUAUGGAAGCUAUUAAUGUAACACAGGUGAGGCGUAAGGAUGAGAUUGUUAGUGCUGCUAAUCCACAGAGACAACGAGCACUGCGUUACAAUAAUGAGAAAGAUGUUCUGGCUCUGGCAGCUGCCAUUAAAGACUUGGCUGCUUCCACACGCAAGGCUCGUACCGCUUUAUGGUGUGCGCUGCAGAUGACCUUGCCAAAAAACUCUUCAAGCAGUCCAGUAAAACCAGAAGUUGUUGAAAGGGCAUUGCAGGAGCUUUGUCCUCCAAACACAAGCACACAAGAAAAAAAGCAGCAUGGAGCAUGAAAACAAAUGAUGCAAAAAAAGAAAAACCUGAGGAACCCAGGAGGAUUCUGGAAUAACAGCUAAUAAUAAUAAUAACAACAACAAAAGGGAGGCUGAGGAUGGGGAGGGAAGAGCAAAGUGUCCUGCCCAGUACCACGGAUGGUGGUUUUGAUAUGCUAUCAAAAAAAGCAAAAGGGUUACCGAUUAGUGCUGCAUUUCUAUUACUGUGAUUCUGAUGUUGAGACACACAUCUUGUAAUAGUGUUAAUGCAAUUUUAGUAUUGCUGGUAUUGCAGAGUCUGCUACGUAAGAAUUUUGUUACUGAGACAAGCUAAAUAGCAUUGUUUCCUUGUGUGCUUCUCCAAAGAUGUGUAUCAGCUGUGAGUAAGCCAUGACCUGAGAAACCAGAGUGUGGUAG